GGUGGGGGAGGGACACGACGCCCAUUUAAAAAAAAAAAAAAAAUAUGGCGGGGUGCCGCGACCGAAUCUUACGGGCGUUGGAAGAACUUUCGGAGUCGGAGCUGCGCCGGUUGAAGGCGACGUUGAACCGGUUGCCGGUAGCGGCGGGUUACGACACCAUCCCCCGCGGGAGGAUGGAGGGCGGCGACGCCAUCGACCUCACCGAUUUGGUCAUCGGCCAUUACCGGGAAGGGUACGGCGCGAGGGUGACGGCCGAGGCGCUGCGGAGGAUCCAACGGCGGGAUUUGGCGGAUGGAUUGGUGGGGGGUGACGGUGACGGUGACGCCCCGCGCUCCUCCCGCGCCCUCGACGACCUCGGCGAUGACCUCGGCGAUGACCUCAGCGACGACCUCGGCGCCCUGCCGCCGGCCGAACGCUUCGUGGCUCGUCACCGCCUUGCCCUGAUCCAACGCGUCCGCGCCGUGCCCACCAUCUUGGACCGAUUGGAGGCCGCCGGGGUGUUGACCGCCGAGCAGGUGGCCGUGGUGGUCGCCGGCCCCACCUUGCAGGACCAGAUGAGGCGGCUCUUGGCCACCGCCCCGGCUUGGGGACGGCGAGGUCACCGGUUGUUCCUACAGGCCAUGCGUUGCCUGCACCCCUACCUGAUGGAGGACCUGGAGGCAGGGGAGGGGUCACUCGACCGUUCCCCCCAAAACGCUUUGGGAUCUGUUGACCUUUGAAGGCCCUCAAAAAACCUCCUGGAGGCCCUCAAGAAGACAUGGAGGACCUCCAGAUGCUUCUGAA